UGACGCGAGAUUUAAAAAUAUUGCAGGAAUACAGACAACAUUCAAAAUUAGUUAUAAAUAAAUGUUUUAAAUAAAUACUACUUUCUGUAAGCAGAAAUUGUAAUUUCAAUGCAUAGAAUCGAGGAAGUGUUUGUAACUGAUCACAAAAUGAAAAGCCCUGCUGCAAAGAGAAAAAUUCCUUUAAUUCGAAGAGCUGGCGAAAUCGUCUUUCCGAAGCAUAUGAAAUCGUUAGGAAAAAUAAAAAUAUCUCCUGCUCCAGCAAUCGUGAAGAAGCGAUUAGAACCAUCUCCCGAAAAAGUCAUGUUUGAAGAUGUCGAAAUCACCGAAGAUAUAGAAAAUAUGGAAAACGUUGAAGAUAGCUCUCAAAUUGCGUCUGAUUCUGUCAACAUUGAAUUCCUAAGUGAACAACUUAAUCGAGUUGAAAAAAAAUUGGACGAUGUCCUUACCAAGUUGUCUCAGCAUGACGGGACACUCAAACUUCUCAAACAUAAUGUCAAGGACUUACGGAUCGAGUUUAAGAACUCCUGUAAACAGCAGGCGCAAAGCUCUACCCUCGUCGAUGAAAAGCACUUCUCUCCAAAACGAUCACGCAAGCGUCUGAUUCUCUUCCCGGUGAUCGACGAUCACUAUCUGGCUCGACUAGAGGAAUUAGUACAAGCAGAUGAAGAAAUGCGGCAAGAGCUGUUCGAUCUGUACAACGAGGCACCUAAUACCAGUGUUUACGAAUAUCUACGAAAGAACACUUACUGCUUGUUCGAAAACACUUCAAAGUUCACGUGGACGGGAAAACCUGCGACUGGACCUUUUCCGGGACCUCCUUCGAAUCCGGCAUACAAACUGCAACUAGUAGAGAUGCUUCUGGUAUGUUGCGGGGAAAAAUUUCCCAACUCUACUCGGUCGUUCAUAGAAAAAGAGUUCAGACAUGCGCUUCAGAAUUUCAACGAUGCAAAAUGGAUGAGAGCUAAACGACGUCAGCAGAAUGCGGAAAAAACAACCUACAACGUAUCAAUCCCCGACCAGGAAAUCGUUUGAAAGAUUUUUAAAGUAUGAAUUUCAAAUAAAUAUUUUUUUGUUUACAGAUAA